AUACGCUUGCAUCAUGUUGCAAAGAGUAUACAAGUUUUUAUCAUAUAAUUAAAUAAAAGUCAAGUUUACUGCGCAUUUGUGAUUUAGAGCAUUAAAGCGGUUUCCGUUCUAAAUUUGGCGAUGGUUAUCUGUACCCUCUACUGCAACUAAUCUUUAUAUGUGAAAUCGGUGUUAAGUAUUCUUCAAUAAAAGUCACACUUUAUCGAGUGAUUGUGCUUAUGUACACGUAGCCAUUUAAUUAUAAAUAAAUAUGACUUUUUUUCAAAUAGAAAUUUUUAAGUGUCAAUUGAAAGUAUAGUAGUAGUAGUUGCUAUUGCAUGCGUUUUCAGAUUACCUUAUGCGGUGAAAGAGGACGUAAAGCUUUAAGAAGUAAGCUUUAAAGCUGAUCAAUUUCACUGCUGAUAAAAAUACUGGCCGAUAUAUCUCUUUUAAGUAUGUGCAUAGAUUUAUCACAAGUUAAUAUAAUUUCUAUUCUUUAAAUAUUUAAAGGGAGAACCAUUUUCAAGAUCCCUACUUUUUUACAGAAAAAACAGAGAAUUCAAAUUUAAUGGGGACUGUUUUUUAUCAGUCGAAAGAACAUUUUUUGGCAUUUAAUUUUUGAAAAUUAUCUCUUUCUUCGGCUAUGUUUCAGAUGGUCGAUCCGUUGAGUCCAAUUUUCAAUUUUGCUCCAAGGCUGGAAUCAAAGACUUUACAUAUCCUCACAAGAAAAAGUUUAUCGGUGUAAUAUUACACGGCCAAUCGACCGACCCAAAACUUGAAAUUAUCUGCUCACUGAAGUGUUCUCUCAAUAAAUCCACUGAUUGAUGCGAUUCGUGGGAAGUGGCGCCGUCUUUUGAAACCAAAUGUCGCCGAGAUCACGAGCUUCAAUUUCAGGCAUCAAAUAGUCGGUUAUCAUGUCGCGAUAAUGGUUAUUGUUGCUGCAACGGUUAUCUAGUCCCCGCUUGGGUGGUAAUUUAUAGUUUGAUUGUCGUCGAGGUCAUCUAACGGGGGCCCAGACAACGAGCUCUUUCGACGGGGUCGGAGCACAGGGAAAUGGGUGUUAGAUAAAUGGGGUUCGUUGGGCACACAAAGAGGUGGUUAGUGUCAUGCGGAGACUCAUCGAAUUCAGGACAUAUAUUGGGUAUGUCGGGAUCGAUUCUGGAUAAGUAGGAGUUUAACCUGCUACAGUAUCCAGAACGAAGUUGCGCGAGGGUUCGCGAUAAUGGUCGCUAUUGACGGUUAAGUUCUCACCGGAAUUAUUUUUGAAAAAAUAUGGAGCGAUAUUUUUUCUGGAUGUAAUGACAGCUCUUGAAUCUCUUCAGGUUGCUCCUUGUCAUAAAUGCAGCAAUGCUUGUUUUCAUACCCAUUGAGCCAGAAAUGGGAAUCAUCGCUGAACAAAAUUUGGCUCGAAAUCGUCGGAUCUCCUUGGAACUUUUUAAGAGCCCAUAGAGCGAAGCGAUGUCGAUUGGGAAGGUCGAGUGGUUUCAAUUCUUGCACAAGCUGUAUUUUGUACGCUUUCAAUUUAAGAUCUCGACGUAAAAUGUGCCAAGUCGUUCCAUACGUCAGUCCGAAUUGCUGCGAACGGCGCCGAAUCGACUCUCCAACGUUUUCGUGUACACUAAGCUACGAAUGCUGAGUCUCAAGAUGGGUGAUGGCGUCGCGAAUAGUACGCUCAGUGGGUUGAUUACGUAGACUAAGUUGAGCGAAGCGCGCGAAACACAUUCUCUGCAGAACGUGAAUUUUCGUAAUAAAGUUGAAAGAUUUAUUAACGUUGUUUCGGCGUAAGUCUUUUUAUGAUAAGAUGCCAAAGAAUACUGGACAAAAAUAACAUGACAGCUUGACGCGACUCAUGCAUGAUCCGUAAAAGAAAGGCUAUUAAAAGAAGUACCUCUACUUGUAUCACCCGUUAUUUGAACCAAAAAUAUUACCUUAAUUUCGGUUGCACGGAAGUUAUAAUAUCCUUGUUGGAUGAAUUCUUAUUGCAUUCUUAUAGGGUAGGAUGUAUGGCAGUUAAAUGCUAUAGUAGGCAGAUUUAAAAAAUGUCUUCUGAUAUUGUCCUGUCACCUUUGACAAUAACCUAUGCCAAAAUUUGUGAAGAUAUCUCGUCAAAUAAAAAAGAUUUCCAAUUAUAUAUAUUUUAUACCACCCGAAACCGCGAUUGCAAUCAAAUUAAAACUUACUAGUAAUAGAAGGGAUAAUAUUUUCAAACUCGUUGUUUUUUUUAAUAUUGAAAUAUCAAUUCGCCUUAACUUAUACUAUAAAGAAUAUAUUGAAAUUAGUUUUUUAACUUAAGUUUUACUGUAGAAUUAUUUACAAAUAAUGUUUUAUUUUUCAUUAUGUAUUAACAUCUGGCAACCAUUCCAUUUUGGAACGUAUUUGCUGGAAUGUUCGACAGUGUUGACAAGUGUGAAAAUAUUGUGUUGAAAUAUUACCGAUAAAAUUUCUCAUGUAUUAAUAUUAAAACUGAUAACGAAAAACUUGAUUAACAUAAAAUUAUCUGGUAUGUCUAAAAUAUUUGAAACGUUGAGGCUAGUUAUAUAUCAGAUAACAUAUAUGUACAUAAGUUUUUAAUCUGAAGCUCUCGUGUUCUCUAUAUAAUGAAAAGGUAAAUAUUCGUUUAGCAUAUAAAAUAUUGUAUAUUAUUGGUAAAUAAAUACUAAAGUUAAAUGUAUAGUACACUACAUACUAAUAUACAAACAAGUACACUUUAUGAGCAAAUAUACUUCACCCCAAUUAAACGGUUCAGCCGAAGAGUCAAAUUUAACCGAAUCUUUGUGUAUCUGUGAUCGUUCAUCCCUUUCUUACGCAACGGGGUUAUGAGUUACGCGGUGUGUAUGUUUAGUUUCCACGCUAAUUUUAAUGCAUUGUAGUUUCUGUAGUCGUGACUUGUUGGGUUGUGCUGUAAAUGAAUUAUGUCAAUAUUUCGUUUGUGUAUUGUAUUCAAUGUUCGAGUUUAAUUUUCAUGUAUUUGACGUUCUACAACACUGUUGCCAAUUGAUUUUUGACAUUUGUUCCAAUAUUCAUUCUCUAUUAUUAAAGCAAUGAACAUUUGCGAAUAGGAAGUUGUGUUUGCAAAAUAAUAGUGAGCUCAAUUUAAGCUUAGAAUUAUACAUAUUUUAACUCUUAUGUACAGUAAUUUUGUGAAACGAAAAGCGAAAAUUUCAUUCGCGAUAGAAAAGUCUAUUUUUUAAACGGAGUAAACGGAUUUUUUUUUAUCUGAAGUUGUAUUUUGUAGUAUUUGAGAAAAGUGCGUCACGAGACCGAUGCCAUUUGGGAUCUUUUUUUCUCUGCCGACUUAUAUUAGCAUAGUUAAGAAAGGCGAUUAGCAUUUUAGUAAAUAUAAGAAUACAUUAACACAUAUGUAUAGAAAUAUUUGAAGUACGGUUUGUUAUAAAUUCUAUGUGGAAACCGUGUAAGUCAAAUGACGCGCGCAUAUGAUGACAUAGAAGCUGUGACCCGCUUGCUGGAAGAAAAAGAAAAGGACUUAGAAUUAACAGUACAAAUUGGCAAAGAACUUUUAACACAAAAUAAUGCACUUGAAAGCAAAAUUACUGAGCUCGAAGCAGAUUUGAAAGCUUCGAAUGAGGAUCGCGCUCAACUAGUUCAUGAACUACACAAGAAAAAUGAACUUAUUGCUGUUUUGACAAAUGACUCUGACGAAGGGAGUGAAAAUGAUACUCCCACCUUUUCCAAAUCCAUUACUUUGGAUUUACUACAAAAGAAAAUUGCUACAUUGCAGGAUGAGAAUAAAAGUUUGAAACUUGAAGCCUUACAGCUUGCCUCAGAAACCGAUGAUGUUGAGGCGCAGGAACGGCAACUUAUGGAAGACAUAACGUCGCAAUUGAACGAAGCGAACGGUCGCUACGACAGCAUGAAUCUGGAGUUGGAACGUCUCCGAGAGGAGAAUCGUUUGCAGCAUGAACAGAUAAUCAGUUUAACAGCGAGAUUGUCGGAAGCUGAAAUGAGGCUGCAUCAAUUAACGCACGACAAUGACGAACACAUAACACUUUUAAAUAUAACUAAGGAGAACCAAAAUUCAUUAGCAGUGGAAUUACUUGAAUUCAAGCAACGAUAUCAGGAAGUACUGGCUUUACUGCAGGAGGCUCAAGAACAAUUGCGUAAUCAGCGAAAGAAAACAAUGCCGCAGGCGCGUAGCUCUUUUAUAUCGAAUUCUGUUUUACUGCAGCCCGAAUCGUUGCAAUGUGAAUUAAUGGAGUCAUCAAUGUAUUCUGAAAAUAGUCUUGAUUCCGGUAUUUCGGGUGAUACGCAACGUGCAGAUCGUAUGGGCCGUUUAAUGUCACAAAUGCCCGGUAUAUAUGGUGGUGGUGCUGGCAACGCAGGGUCCGCGUAUGGAUUUGGAGGCGUUGGUGCUAUACCACCAUAUAAGCGGGUGUUUGAAACAGUGCGAUGUGCUAGCAAAACUGGCAAUUAUAUGGAUAGUGGCAAUUCGUCGAUGACACAACUGGGCGCAAUGGCAAUGAGCAGUAGCGUCGGACCGCGGAUGUCGGCGAUGCCGUAUCGUGGUGCCGCCUUCGAUGACAAUACUCUGGGUCUGAAGACUUUGUCAUGCGAAAGUCUGGCAUCACAAUCGGACGACGGCUAUCCAGCGGCACCAAGUGGUGUGCCUGGUGCACCAGGCGCUAAAGACUUGGAAGCCGCCCUAAAACGCCUAACACCCGCUGAAGUAUUGGCACGACGUGCUAUGCUCUCCUAUGCUCCAGUUGGUACGUAUUCAUAUGAUGAGCAGCCAACCACCACAAAUACACUUCCACUAGGUGUACGCACGCCAGAUAGUAUUAUGUCGACAGGUUCGUCGGGAAUUUCAUCCACGAAUAUGUCGGCAUCAAUGCAACAAUGGCGGCUACCGGAAAAAUUGCAAAUUGUGAAACCGAUAGAAGGUUCACAGACACUGCAUCAUUGGUCCAGGUUGGCAACGCCAACAUUAAGUGGCCUACUUGAGGAACGACCCGGUGUUACCAUACGCGGUGGACGUGGCCUAGACGAUUUGGGCAUGCAAGUGUAUACAUUGUCCGAUGUGGAGGAGGAUGUAAGCGAUGACUUACCGGGGAAGCAAUUCGAAGCGUCUGGCUGUACAUUUACAUAUACAACGAGCAUGGUAAUGCAUCCCGAUGACGGUUUGAAUGAUUUGUCAUUCUUGUCACAGUCACAAUUGUCAUCACGUAUGGCCUCCGCAUCGACAUCGCGUCAACCAAGUUGCCCGCCCACACCACACGGUGGACUGUCCCGAAAGAAUUCCUGUUCGACGUUUUCGGUAAAUCUUGGAUUGGCUUCAAUGUUAAACGAACGUGGUAUCAAGGCUGUAACGCCAAGUGCGCUGAAUACACCCGCUGGACCGAAUUUCACACCAACUGUUACGCCCUGCAAUAGUCCCGAGGGUUCACCACCACGCUCAGCAUCACCUGAACCAUUGUUCGGCAUUCUGUCGACUGGUGCAGAUUUAAUUCGACGCAAACUAAUCGGCGAUAUCGAAAGGCCGAAUCGUAAUCUAGCUCAAAAACAACAAAAAAUCAUGCUAUCGCGCUUGGAGAGACGUGCAUUACGUUCACUAAAACUGGUCGAGAAGGUGGAGAGUAUUGGUUUAGAGAAUAUUAUAGUAGCACAACCAAAUUCUAUGUCCCAGUUGGCUAGCGGUAUAGCGAGUCGCAGCUCCAGUCCAAUGGCACAAUUAAUUAGUCUUAAGAAUCUGCACACAUGCGCCAAUAACGUAGUGGACGAUAUACACUUCGAUCGUGAUCAAAUAAAAACCGUGCUACAUAAGGGACUGACUACGCCCACCACGACCAGUACAUGCGCAAGAAGCGAUGAUGAAAGCGUGGAAACAGAAUCGAUUUCAAGCGUAAUAAGUACCGAAAGAACUGUUAAAAACGAACAACAGCAUACAGUAAUAAAUAUCACACAAAAUGUGACUGCGGCAACGGUCACGACAGCGGCACCCACAAAUGGUACAAGCACAACCGAGUCGCGUAUAAAGCAAUUACAACGACAAAAGUCCCGUCGCAAUCUUAAGAAUGGUAUUGGUGGUCAACGACCAGAUUUAGGUACGAUCAAUGGUAAUGGUGCUGGUGGUGGUAGUGGACGUGUACGUCCCGAUCUAGGAAAAGUUUCGACCGGACCCUCAACGUCUGCGGCAGCCAAAAGCAACAUGACAAAUGCCACUAUCACAGAUGUGUCACAGACGAAGAAGGGUGCGCACAAUAAAGUACGUGAAACGCGAGAACAACAAAGUAUAACACAAGCAGUUGUCGGAACUGUGAGUUCAUUACUUUUUGGACGUAAAGGUGGCUGGCUGUAGAGCACUUAUACUACUUAUUUUACUAAAUGUGCUUAUUUAAGUAUGAUGAUAAUAUAUAAUAAUAUUUACUACAUAAUUUAGUUUGACAGUGUUUGAAGCGAGGAUUAAUCGCUAUAAACGGAUAACGAAUAGUGAGUGCUAAACGAUGACAGAGCAUAGUCGAAAAAAAGUUAAACAACUAACGAAGAAAUUUGCAAAUGAAUACAGUUUUAUUUUUUAUAAGCAAACAUCUAAUCUAAAUUGCUUGUAGUGCUGCAAGCAGGCAGCAAAGAUGUCGAAAGCGCAAAGUUCUCGCGUGUUUAUGUAUAUAAAUAAGAAUUAUUUGCAACGAUAGUGAAGCUGUGAAUAAGUCUCUAUGAGUAGGCUAAUAACAUUUUUUGUUUUUGGUGCACUUAUUUAUGUAGCGCAUUUGAUAGCCAUUAGGGGGAUUCUCUUGAGCUUGUAUACCAUAAGAUACUAUCGUGCGCUUGCAUCUUUUGAUCUAAGAUUCGUGGAAUCACACAAGAGUAUGAGAAUCCCGCUAUUAUGUAUUCCAAACAAAAAUGUUAGUAUAUGAAUAGAUGAAAUAUAUAUGCUAUACGUUGUGUAUCCCUUCACAAGGCGUAGCUAACACAACAAAUGUGUAAUCACAUGAGGAGUGGAAAAACUUUUACAAGUCAUAUUAAAAUAUUUUCAAGCAUUCGCAAACUAUUUGUGAUUUGUACCGCACGCAUAAAUAUUUAUUAUUUACCUUAUUUUUAUCACAUAACCUAAGAAAUUUGUUUUUAUGUUGUAUCGAUCUAUUCUUGUUUAUAUAUUAAUUUAUUGAAAUUGAAUAUUAAGUUUUGAACAUAUACAUAUGUACACUUACUUUCACAUGGCGGAGCAAUAAAUACCAUACACAAGUUAAUAUUUAAUACUGCCACGGUGAGUUCACUUUAUACCUACAAACUUUAUACGCUUAGUUUAAAAUUCGCAUUUUAUGGCAACAGUUUUGAAACUAGUGUAAAUAUAAAUAUGUAUAUAUUAAAACAAUUUAUUGAAUGCCUGUAAAAAA